AUGAAGAUGGGUGACUGUAUAGCAGGUCUCCAAGUCAUCUGUGAUGUUGUACAAUCACUCAAGUCUGGUGUCCUCAAGGAUUGUCUCAUGAGAAGAUUCGAAACAACAGGACAAUACAAAAUCAAAAAACACCAGCAUUGUAAAAUUGACCACUUCCGUCGACUAAAAUUCAUUCUCGCUUCUGAAUCUCCUGAGCAAAGCAUUUCCGGUGGCGAAUCUUCGGACGCUGCUAUGCCUGCCACACCGCAGCAACGACAGAUACAACCACUAUUUCCAGCAGAGAGCAUAGAACAAAAUAAUAAGAUGAAGAUGAUAAUCCUCAAUGUUUUGUUAUGGUUGGAAAAGAAGAUUAAAAACAUUGAGUCGAGGAGGAGAAUGCUCGAAUAUAUAUCAGAAAAUUUUAAUUCAGCGGCAGGAACGAUGUCGAAAGGGCUGUUCAGGGUUUGUGCUUGUCUACUGUCACGGCUAGAAAAGGAAGUCGUCAUCGACUUGGUUGAAGGAAUACAAAUCUUAUUUUAUAGUUUAUCCAUAAUUCGAGAGAGUUUCAUACUGGCCGUUUUCGCUGCCCUUGUAUCUGUGCACUUUAUAACCCUUGACAUGAAGGCAUUGAGUCAGCUGGAAGCUGUGAGGACUUUAAGUGGUCUAGACGGAGCGAAUAAUAAGCAAUACGCACCAGAUGCGCAACAAAUAUUUUGA